AUGGAUUCAUCAUCAUUUUCUGGAUCAUCAAAAAGGGCAAAAGCUCCUGGAAAUGUUACCCAAAUUGCUCAGUGCUUGGUUGAUGGGUGUAAUGCUGACCUAAGCCUGUGUCGAGAUUAUCACCGGCGCCAUAAGGUCUGCGAGAUACACUCAAAAACUGCAAAAGUCACCAUCGGGGGUCGAGAGCAGCGAUUUUGUCAACAGUGCAGUAGGUUUCAUUCCUUGACAGAGUUUGACGAAGGAAAGCGAAGCUGCAGGAAACGUCUUGAUGGGCACAACAGGCGCCGGAGGAAGCCUCAGCCCGACACUCUGUCCAGAAGUUCUGGAUUGAUGUUUCCCACCCAGCAAGGUACACGAGUUCUCUCGUUUAGUAGCCCAGAAAUACAACCGAAUCCCGUUCCGAGCUCAUCUUGGGCCCGGGUUGUGAAAACAGAGACUAAUAUGGUUCUAUACAACAAUCAACCACACUUGAAUUACAUCGAGAGACAAAAUACAUACCCUGGAAGUUCAGCUCAUAGCUUUAAAGGAAUAAAUCAACUUCAAUUCUUGCAAAGCACUCACCAAAGUAUCCAAGAAAACUCCAUCUGUCAACCUCUUCUUGAUCCGAAUGCUGCAUCAGGAAGUAAUAAUACCUGCAACCAAAAUAUUUAUUCUGAUGGGUUAAGUCAGGUCGUUGACUCUGAUCGUGCUCUCUCUCUUCUGUCAUCGGCCCCUGCUGUCUCUCGGGAAUUCGGUUUGCACCAUGUGGUGCAGCCUGACCCAGUACUCUCCAAUGCGCAGUCAGUUCACAGCAUGCAGUAUAUCAGUCUAGGCCAGUACUUGUAUCCUCGAGAAGUUGAAAGCAAGCCAGUAGGGCUUGAUAUGGAUUCCCAUGGUAGCAAAAACUCCACCUUCAAUUUUCAGGGGAUAUUUAUGAAUGAGCCCGACGGAUCGUCUACAAGUGGAUCCCACCAAACGCGGACAUUCACGUGGGAGUAA